UGGGACAUAGUAAGGGCAAUGCCAUUGAUUCAAAACUAUAUAUUAACCUCUAUAUCUCCCUUGAAAUAAUCAAACACCAAAACGUAGCAAACAACCAAAAAAAGAUAAUAAUGUCUCUAGUGACCGAAGAGAUCAAGGCCAAAUCAGAGGUGUACCGAGGAGAUGAACUGUGCCAAGAGAAAACACAGCUUCUCCUGAAGGAAGUAGGGUUACCCAAUGGGUUACUUCCAUUGAAGGACAUGGAGGAGUGUGGGUACGAAAAGGAGAGUGGGUUCGUGUGGCUGAAGCAGAAAAAGAGCUCAACACACAAGUUCGAGAAGAUUGGGAAGCUUGUGAGUUAUGCCCCUGAGGUCACUGCGUAUGUUGAGGUUGGGAAGAUCAAGAAGCUCACUGGUGUCAAGACCAAGGAGCUUCUUCUUUGGCUCACACUCACUGAUAUCUAUGUCGAUAACCCACCGACCGGAAAGAUCACUUUCCAGAUCUCGUCAGGGCUAUCCCGGUCAUUUCCGGCUUCCGCCUUCGAAGUCGAAGAGAAAGUUAAGGAGGAGAAGAAGGAGAAGGGGAGUGAAGUUAAAGAAGGAGCUGCCGCUGCUGCUGCUGCUGCAACUGCUGUUCAAGUCAAAGAGGUUUGAUUUGAUGAUUUAAAAUGAUGGUGCUAAUUAAGUUCUAGUUAUGAUUAUUAGAUACGGUGUUGGAUUCAAUAAGUUGCUGGUUAACUACUUACUAUCUUUGUUUUAGUAAUUUAAAGUUCUUUCUAAAUCUUGAUUAGUUAGUUAUAAGCUGUGUGUGAGAACCGAUGUGCCUUGUAAUGCAGCUAUAUUUAUAUAAGAGAAAGUCUAGGGCCAGCAACUUUUGUGUUUUGUGGCCAGCACUUAACCAUCAAAAGAAAAGUGAGUGAUCUCUCAUCAUUGGAUGUAAUCUCACACCAUUAAAAUUUAAAAACACUAUUGAUGACCAAUUGAUAGUUACAAAACACAAAAGUUGCUGGCCCUAGCACUCCUCUGUAAUUUAAGGAAGAAUCGUAUGAUUGAUGGUUCUCAUGCUCUGGAAUAAAAGAAAUCUAAUUUACUAUCUAA